AUGCAAAAGAUAAUACAAGUAGGUACAGGUACAGGUACAGGUACAGGUACAGGCGGUGUCACUGCUGCUGAGACGGUACUACCUCGAGUGCCCAAGGCAGUACCUACCCAAUACUACUUCCUCAAUAAUCGUAGGAGCACCACCAAAGCAGCCAGCCAGUGUAACAUCAGAUGCAAUGCGACUGAAACCCCCCUCGCCAUGCUGCAGGCUGUUCUUGAUGGCACAGACGUGUCUUGUUCUCGUUCGGCUUCCGGCUUGGCAGGCAUCGAGACAACUGAUUGGCCCAGCACAGGCAUUCCCUCAACGCUGUUCAGUAUAGACGGCGUACAAGGCAUUGAAGGUUGUACAUGUAGAGAGAUGAAGUCCCUGGUUGGUGGACUUGCACAAGCCCGAGCCCGAGAAUGCAAGUCGGGUGUCAUUGGAUCCCUCCCAGCAACAGCGUUACAGCGUCACAGCGCCAGCAGGCAUCCAGGGCCGGUACCUUAUGUACCUCCUGAUGCACCUUCAGCUCUUGUUCCAAGGAUCCUCCAAGGGACGCCAAGGAUGCUAUAA